AGAAAAUAAAUUUUAUAUACCUUUUCAACACUGCUCAAUAUUUUGAUACAAUAAAAUAAACAUAAUAUAAUGAAAUUUGGCAAAACCUUUGAGACACUUUUAACAGCAGAAUGGCGUCAGCAAUAUAUGAACUAUGCGGAACUCAAAGCAAUGAUCCGUCGCGCUAGAGAUCGGGCACCCAAUCCUAGUAAUGCAUCCAAUCAACAAAUAGCCAACUAUUAUAGGGAUUGUGAAGAUGAAUUCUUUAAAGUCUGCGACGAGGAGUUGGAACGGGUUAAUUUCUUUUUCGAUGAGAAAUUGGCGGAGGCACGACGUAAAUAUGCCACCUUGAUGAUACAAAUGACAUCCCAUCAUCAGCCAAGAGAUCGUGAGUCUGGCACUUCCAUAUAUCCAAGUAUGCACGAUGUGCCACAUAGUCGUGGGGACUUGAAAAGAUUGCGUCUGGCAUCGAGUGAAUUCUAUCUGAGUUUAAUCAUACUCCAAAACUAUCAAAGUCUUAAUCUAACUGGGUUUCGUAAGAUAUGCAAGAAAUAUGAUAAACAUCUAAAAUCCAUAGCGGGUAAUAAAUGGUUUCAAACGUAUGCCCUCAAUGCUCCCUUCACCGAGGAUUAUGAACUGCGACGUUUGAUUGUGGGCAUGGAGGAUCUUUAUACGCAACAUUUGGCCAACGGAGAUCGCUCCAAGGCUAUGCAACAGUUGCGUGUGCCACCCUUGGGCCAUAAGACACCAUCAACAAUAAUAUUUUGUGCUGGCUUAUUUCUAGGACUCUUCAUUGUGUCAUCCAUAAUAUGUGUGAUAUCGUAUUUUUCUUUUUAUGACCAACAGGAAUUAUUGUCAUCAUUUGUUAGAAUCUAUCGUGGUCCAUUUAGUUGGAUUAUGUAUUGUUUCUUUAUUUCAAUUAAUGUGUAUAUUUGGCAAAAAUGUGGCAUCAAUCAUGUCCUGAUCUUUGAAAUGAAUCCCCGUAAUCAUAUACAGCCAGCCUCAUAUCUGACAGUAGCCAGUAGCAUGGGUUACUUAUGCACCCUGAGCAUGUUGGUCUAUCUACAUCACAAAGAGUUCGGCAUAGAUGAUCCUCAGCUCUUUCCCUUGACUUUUAUAGUUUUGGCCACAGCCUUAUUUUUCAAUCCCAUACAUAUUUGGAAUUAUCCUGCACGAAUAUGGUUUCUAGGCAUUCUGGGUAGAGUUUUAUUAGCUCCUUUCUUCUAUGUUCGAUUCUCGGACUUUUGGCUGGCCGAUCAAUUGAUAUCAUUGGUCUAUUGUUUGGUGGAUCAUUAUCAAUUGGGUCGUUUCUAUGUUCGUUAUUAUAGCAAACGGGAAGAUGCUUUUGAUUUUGAACCCGACUAUGUUGUGGCUGUCAUCCGAUGUCUGCCUGCUUGGUUUCGCAUGGCUCAGAGUCUGAGACGUUACUGGGAAGGUACAUCCAAGUCUCCCAUUUAUUUAUUGAAUACCCUGAAAUAUUUCACUAUCAUUGUAGUCGUUGUCUUUUCUACCAUUCAAAUGGAGACAAAUGCCGGCUAUGAGAACAUAUUUGAAAAUCCUUGGGUUUGGGGCUAUAUUACAAGUGCCACACUUUCGAAUAUAUAUCAAGCAAUUUGGGAUUUAAUAAGAGAUUUUGGUUUAUUCAAAGUCUGGCAUGGUGAAAAUAUAUUUCUACGCGAAACUUUAAUCUACCCAAAGUGGUUCUAUUAUUUUGCCAUUUGGGCAAACACACUACUCCGAUUCGUAUGGGUCUUGGAAGUCUAUUUGGCCUAUCACGAAAUUCUUUCACCCUAUGAUUGUAACACAUUGUCUGGUUUUUGUGAAAUUACAAGACGUUUCAUUUGGAAUAUAUUGCGCUUGGAAUAUGAACAUUUGUAUAAUUGUGGCAGAUUUCGCGCCACACGAGAUAUACACAUGAUGGCCCUAAAUGCCCGGCAAGAGGAAAUGUUGGAACGUUUGAUGGAUGCGCCGGAUAAUGAUAUGCAAAAGAAUAGACGGCACAAGCAAAUUAAUGCUGAUGCACAGCCCCCAAAAAUAAAUAAAAUUUAUUUCUAAAACUUUUUUCAAAUACAAUCUCAUUGAUAUUUCCAUCAUA